AUGCUAUCAUCUCUAUUAUCGUAUGUUUUAACAGGUAUCGUUUAUUAUCUAAAAUGUGCUCAUGCAAACAAUCAUCAAAAGCACGGUGAAGAUCCAAUUCUUAUAUAUCCAAAUUAUAUCCAACGAAAAGAUACACGAAGUUACACAUCUCAAAGCAUUCAGCAUGGGCAUUACAUCUAUUUAGGAGGAGAUUAUGCAUGUGAAAGGGAACUUAUUGAACGAUACACUUCUGAUCUUAUUUCAACUUCAUAUUCGUGGCAAAAACAAGUAGAUAGUCUUAAUAAUCUUGCCUUCAACACUAGUCGGUCUCAAGCAGUUCCCAUCAACAUGCGUCGUUUUUCACAAAUUGUAUUUACUUUCAAAAUAAUAGAAAUGGAUCUAUGUUUGGGCAGUACUGUUGUUACUACUCCAAGAGAAAUUGAUCAAUUUGAUAUGUGGGCAUGGUCUCAGUAUCCUCGUCUUAUGUCAAGAUUUAUUUAUUUGUGGUCAAAUCAUAAAACUCUUAUUGGUCCUUGUAAUAUUGGUAACAAUAAAUGUUUAUCAUGUUUCACAAUAGAUGGUCACCAAAAGGCACGCAGACGAAUUUGCCGUACUAAGCAAGUUGAUUACCAGAGCAGUGAUUUUACAGAGCCACUUGUCAUUGGAUGUUGGAGAACGCCCAUCCGUCAUUCACUGUAUUGUGAAAUUCAUCAAGAUUAUCAAAAAUUAGAUGAAACAAAUAAAACUAAUCGAAAAGGUAUUCGUACUUAUAAAUUACGCAAUUCACGACAAUGGAAACGGCAAAAAACUAUAUUCUUUGGCGCUACAAAUUGUAAUACAAAUAAAGCCAAAUCAGCAUCCUACGUUAAUAAGUGUUCUAGAUCAUUUGGACUUUUAGCGAUGGUGACAAAUUGUAAAAUAGUUUUAAGUUUUUCUGAAAUAUUCAGAAGUGAAACAUUACGAGAAAUCGUUCAAUUAAUUAUAAAUACGAUAAGAAUUGGUGGUGACGCUUUGCCAAAAAUAGCCUGCUAUGAUGAUGGUUGCCACCUUGUUAAAUUUGUACAAAAAAAUAUUGGUAAGCUUAUUACUAAUACACCAGCUUCCGAUGCACUCAAAAAUACUAAAUUUUAUAUUGACAAAGCACAUUGGAAAAAUCAUAUAGGUACUUGGUGCAAAGCAAAUAUGUCUCCCUAUUCCAGUUCAGCAUUAAAUAUGAUCAAUACCCAGUGUGCAGAGCAGUUUUUUUCUUGGUUAAAGCCAUAUUCAACCAUUAUCAGUAGUCUUGGUUGGCUGCGGGCACCAUUAUAUCUUUUAGUACUUUUUCAUUAUAAAAAUUUAUCCACUUGCCGUGUACGUCCGAAUGCACAUUUUGAUAUUGCAAAUCUGGUACCUGAUGCACCAACUGUAAGUCUUCCACAUGCAGCUAGUGCUCUAGAAAAUGCUUCUAAUCUACCGCCUGCUAAAAAAAAUGAUUUAAUCACCAAUAAAGGUUCCACCAUUACUGCUCAUUCUACUACAAUAGAUGGCAAUAAAUGGAUAGAAAUAUCAAACAAUAUUGAAUUCAAUAUUAAAUCCACGUCUACGAAGACAAUACGAAACGUAUCUGAUACUAUUGAUAAUAAAUGGACAGCGAUCGCUAGUACUAUUAAUUCACUACAACCAGAUCUCUUGAAAAAGUCAAAAACAAGAACACGAUCAUACAGCACCAUUAAUAAAUGGACUCUUCAAGCUGAACAAGUGCGCAAGCAAGUUAAACACGAAAUAUAUAAAUCCUCCGUCGAACAAUUAACUAUUAAAAUUAGCUAA